AAUAGUUUUUACUUUUUAUGGUGAACUAUUACUUUUAAAAUGUAAUCAAAUAAUUAGUCUCGUUGUUUUUCUGUUUAUUAUUUCAAUAGUUCAAACCUAGGUUUAGAGGACAUUUUAAAAGUGGGGGACAGCUGAAUGAGAUCUAAAAGUUUACGUUCAUAUUUAUUAAUCACCUGUUUCUAAAUGGACUGGCUGAGUGAUUGGGACGUAUUCCACCCACCCCAUACGCUCCCCAGUAUCCAGCCACAAAAUGUAGUUGUGUUACCUUACCAACAUUUCGCUGCUGGAGCGUUUUCAACCACAUAACUUUUUCCAAAAGGCGCAUCACUUCCUGUGACAGGGACAACAUCUGUCCGCGCCUUAAAUCAAAUUAAAAGUGAAACACCGCUGCCCACAGUGUGUGACCUGUGUUUCUCUGAGAGGAGCUACUCUUUUGAAUGGGAUGAUCCCAGUGUUUGUGUGUGUGUCUGUCUGCCGUCCUGGGAGAGAUCCAGGAGCAGCGGAUGAAUCCAGCACGCAGGCGCUGAGGCUCCAGUCAGACUGACGCCGCUGCAUCCAAACACACGCGCCCGCUGAACACCUCCAGUCGGCGCGGGACCCAGCGCUCGGCGGCGCGGAGCUAUUAUUCGACCCGGCACGCUGAGAUAAUCACCAUCAACCACCUGAAGAAAUCAUCUCUGUCAGGGCGUUUAUCCUACAUCAUUGUCUACAAGAAACAACCCGAAUCUCCUGCACAUAAGUGAUUUAAAAUCAACCCGUUUCACGAUGCACUCCUCUACCUCCAUCACAUCGCUCUUCUCCUUCACCAGUCCGGCUGUGAAGCGUCUGCUCGGCUGGAAGCAAGGAGACGAGGAGGAAAAGUGGGCCGAAAAGGCUGUCGAUUCCCUCGUGAAGAAGCUGAAGAAGAAGAAAGGAGCGAUGGAGGAACUGGAAAAGGCUCUUAGCUGUCCAGGUCAGCCCAGUAAAUGCGUGACCAUCCCUCGCUCUCUAGACGGAAGGCUCCAGGUGUCUCAUCGGAAAGGUUUGCCUCAUGUUAUUUACUGUAGAGUGUGGCGCUGGCCCGACCUUCAGUCCCACCAUGAGCUCAAAGCGCUCGACUGCUGCGAGUUUCCAUUCGGAUCCAAGCAGAAGGAGAUCUGCAUCAACCCAUAUCAUUACCGCCGCGUCGAGACGCCAGUUCUACCGCCGGUGCUAGUGCCCCGUCACAGUGAGUUCAACCCUCAGCACAGCCUGCUGGCCAAGUUCAGAAAUGCUUCCCUCCACAACGAGCCUCUGAUGCCCCAAAAUGCCACUUUCCCCGACUCCUUCCCUGCGAUGCCCUGCAGCUCCUUCUCUUCAUCUCCCUCCAGCUCUUUAAACCCAUCUCCCGCUGCGCACAGCUUCCCAAACUCUCCCAGCAGCGCCACUGAGCCCGGCAGCCCUUACCAGAUCACAGCUGAGACGCCUCCUCCACCGUACAGUAUGAUGGAGAGCAGUCCGUCUGAAGACGUGAAGCCCGCAGAGUCUUCAGAGAAUAAACUCAUCCUGACGGCUCCACAAAGAGACUUGAGGCCAGUGUGUUAUGAAGAACCAGAAUAUUGGUGUUCGGUGGCGUAUUAUGAACUCAACAACAGGGUUGGUGAGACAUUUCACGCCUCUGCCCGAAGCAUCUUAGUGGACGGUUUCACAGAUCCAUCAAACAACAAGAACCGCUUCUGUCUCGGCCUGCUGUCCAACGUCAACCGCAACUCCACCAUCGAGCACACGCGCAGACACAUAGGAAAAGGUGUGCACUUGUAUUAUGUGGGAGGAGAGGUGUACGCAGAGUGUCUGAGUGACUCCAGUAUUUUCGUUCAGAGUCGGAACUGUAACUAUCAGCACGGUUUUCACCCCACCACCGUCUGCAAGAUCCCGAGUGGAUGCAGCCUGAAGAUCUUCAACAACCAGCUGUUUGCCCAGCUGCUCUCACAGUCGGUAAACCACGGCUUUGAAGUGGUGUAUGAACUCACCAAGAUGUGCACCAUCAGGAUGAGUUUCGUCAAGGGCUGGGGAGCCGAGUACCACCGUCAGGACGUCACCAGCACCCCCUGCUGGAUAGAAAUCCACCUGCACGGGCCCCUGCAGUGGCUGGACAAAGUUCUGACCCAAAUGGGCUCCCCACACAACCCCAUUUCCUCGGUGUCCUAAUACAAUACAGGAGACAAUUCUCCAAUAGACUUCAUAGCCACGCAAGACACAUAGCACUCUCUCUCACUCUCUUGUGAAAAUAUAUGUCUUUAGUGGAUGUUUAUGGUACCGUUAUAGGAUCAGCCUGAAAAUACGUACAAUAUCAUGCUGUUAACUAAGCAGUCGUGUUAUUAGAUAAGUGUUGCAUUGUUUUAAAUGGCUACAUAAAAAACACUACUACUUGACAGUAUGUAAUAGCUGAGAUCUAAUAGGAAGCCAAAGAAAUGUGCUAGUAGGCAGGUACUUGUUCUGACAGUGUUUUAUUUGCCAUAUGCCGUCUAUAACGUUUAAACUUAGCUGUCUUGUUUUUGUAAUACAAAACAAAUGCCUCCUUUUUAUUUGUGCCUUUUUGAUUUUUGACCUGAACACAAAUAUAAUAUUAAAAACAAA